CUUGUCGGGGGAACAAUAUUAGUACUAUACAACCUUACAUCACGUGACCACCAACCAUUUGGUCAAAAUGGCAGCCGCUCCAAACUCGGAGAAAGAAAUUAAACAAACAGAAGCGGAAGAUGUACCUGCAGAAUGGUUGGAAAAGGCAAAGAAUGGAGAAGAAGAGUUUCAGUUAAAGCUAGGGGAACAUUACCUUACAUUAGCUGAUUCAUCUAUAAACCCGGAAGAGAAUGGUAAAAUCGCCAUACAAUGGCUGGUUGCUGCAUCAAAACAAAGUAACGAAUCUGCAACAGAAAAACUGAAAAAGUGUUUGGAGACAAAAACAGGUUUAACUGAUGAGAAUACAGAAGAAGUGAAAUGGUGUGUAACCACAUCUUCCUUGGAGAAAAAGAUUCGGCAUGCUGCAAGGAACAUGUUUGUUUCAAUCAAUACGGCACAGAAAGAAGUUCUAUCACCUGAAGAAUACACUGAAGCUAUCAAAAAGCUAACAGGUGGAAAGGAACAGAAACUUCUUCUUGCUGCAGGAAGGAAAAUUGGUGAAAACAUAUCAGAAAAUGAGUUUGUGAAAAUUCUUUCAAAGAAAGUACAAGGGACAAUGACCUUGACCUCCUCAGAAAGGUCAGCUGCUUAUGAUGCUGCAACACCAGUAGAAAAGGUUAUGAAGUUUCCAAAAGAGACUUGUAUGGUACUUGGAGAUCAAGCCUUGGAAUUUGCCUCCAAAGAUGGACUGAACAUGGUGAUGUCAUGUGUGCCGACAGAUCAAAUCUACUUCCUCACUUUGUUCUUUCUGUAUGGCUUCUUAACACCAAAGUUUCUUCUAGAAGUCGUUCCUCUAGUUAUCUUCUACAUAUCAUAUGCAACGAUCAUCAUAACAACCUUACAAAUGUUCUACAAGAAGAAGAAACUUAAAGAGGCGAAUGCACUAGCAGAGAUGUUGAAACAGUACGACGUUGGUGUUGAUGUGAACCAGACCUCGUCACAGUACUCGUGGAAUUCUCUCACUCCGUACCUGAUAUAUUUUGCCUCUAUACCUCUUGUUGUUGCAAGUUUCUCCCUGGCCGACAAGACUUAUAUCCCAUGUUCGGAGCUGUGUGUUUUAAAUGUUGUAAUAUGUGGUAUAUGUUUCCUGGCAAUCAGUGAUAGUCAUGACCUUGUCACCUUGCUAGCUUUAUUCUGCGGCUUUCUGGCAGCUCUUCCAGUAUUUUUUCACAAUUUCCCACAGGUUCCGGUCAUUACGCCCAUGAUAAAUUUCUUUUCUGGUUCUUUUCUUACCAUCGAUUUAUUCGGAGGCUUGAAGUUGAACAUUGGCAUACCGUCCAUUUGUUACAGCAUAAUUCCGGUGUUUUUCAUUCAGAUGGCUAUAAGAGAUUCUUUUAAAGGAAUGUACCGUGUGUUUGUACCACAUUUGGUCUGCUACUUCUGGUUCAACUUGGUUACAACAAUGUUCCCGUUUUCAACAUGGAUUGGUCUCGGGCGGGCCACUGUAGGAUAUGUCAUGCUACCUUUACUUAUACCUCUUAGUUUCUUUUUUCUCUUCAUCGGCAUUAUUUAUAUCUUUAUCCGACUUGCCGCCUCAGACUUGUUUGGAAAAGUUGUGAUCACUCUUCUACUUGCUUGUAUACCUUUAUUGCUUACACAAACAAAGAAACUUUUUGGGGGUAAAUUGGACAAAAGAUUUGGUUUUCUUAAAAAGAUUGUAAUGGUUGUGUUUGCGGUUUUAGCAGUUGUUCCGUUGAUAUUUGUCCGGCUUCCUACAGUGUCUGAAACAACAGUUGUACCUUUAUCUGUUGAUGACUUUUAUAAUGUUUGUAAUAAAGAAGGACCAGAAGGUAUGGAACUAAGUAUGAAUUGCAAUCAUUUGAAAGGGUCUAAGAUCACAUGGCAAGGCAAGGUCACUGGUUCAAAGGUCACAGGGGUCUCAAAUGAAGUGUCAACAAUGCUUAAUGUAUUCCCUUCAUUUAUAGGAAACCCAUUGCGUUGCCUUUAUGGAAAAUCUUAUGGUGAUUGUACAGGUGAAGAACUGUCUGAACAUGAUGUAGAAUAUUGUAAACUGAUGACUGCUCUAGGAUAUAAAUGUGGUUUAGAAGAACAUGAUAAGUUUACAUAUGGUUUUGAUAUACAGUUUACUGAAGGUCUUAGUGGCUCUCUUGAAGCUGGAUCAGGUUUUAAACAAUUCUAUCUGAAUCUUGUUGAAGGGGAUGAAGUUGAAGUUAAAGGUUCCAUUGUUGAUGCCUUAUCUAGACCACUUAAGAUGAAAUUGAAAGAGGUUAAGUGUUUGAACCGAGAACUUGAACUAGAUAAUGUUGUUGAGGAAGAGAUAGAAGAUUUAUACUAUCAAUUAUUUGAACAGUCGUUACAGGUCGCAUUUAACUUCUUCUGGUAUCCUCUUGCUGAAUAUGUUCCACAGACUCACCCUGGGGAAACUGUCAUUGAAUAGGUAAUGAUAUAUUGUUGUUGAGAAUUGUCUUAAAGUGAUACUUGGGCAAAUGAAAAAAAUACAAAAUUGAUCUUAUUUACUCAAAUCAUGCUAAAAUGACAUUUUUUAAAGUCCUUGCAUGAAUUUCUGUAUAGAUACAUAUGUAAAUACUUAAUAUUUUGGUCUAGAAACAUAGUUUUAUCUUUAUAUGUUGAACGAAAUUAAGACGGCAAAAGAGUCACUGAGAAGUUUUAAAACAAGUCGUGUAACUAGAUAAAAAAAAUCUGGAAAGUAAAGUAACAGAUACAUGUAUUGCGGAUAUUGUUAGAUUGUCAUUCAUUUGACAGGUACUUUAACAUUAUUCAUAGUUCUCUAUAAUAACUAUUGUGAAAUCUAAAUGCCCAAUCUUGACCUACGUGGGAAACCACCAUUUUAUAUAUUUAAAAUUUAUAGAAUAUUUAAAGAAAAAAUUCAAAUUGAAGAAAUGAAAAUUUUGCCUGUGUCUCCCUUUAAUAGUUAACCUUUAUAAGACUGGAGAUAAAAGACAAGAACACCCAUCAUGAAGUUGUUUAAAUUUGGCAUGUAUCUUCUUUUAAUACUUUAAAAAGCCAAACUAUUAAAAUGACCAUGAAUUGUUAAUGAUUAAGCUUAUGAAACAUGGUUUCUUUAGUUGUAAGAACAAAUAAAUAUGUAUGUCCAACAGAAACAUUUAUUGCCUCCAUCCAUGUUUGUUCACAGUCUUGUCAGAUGUUUGUUAAGUAAGAUAACAAUACUUUUAAACAUUGAAGUAUCUGCCAAACUUUUCCAACAUAAAACAUUUGGAUUAUUAGAAAAUAUAGUGUAUCAAACCUGUAGUAUGAAAAUAUUUAGUGUAUCAAAUCAUGGCCAGCCAUUAAAUUGAUAUUUACAACUGAUCCAUGCAAUUUUUAUAUUACUUACACUAAAUGAAUAUCAUUUUUAUGUAUUUUUCAUUUUUUAAACUUUGUGGCACUUUUAUAUUUGCAAUAUUACAUUUUGGACCACAUAGUUUAACUUCUUACUUGCAUGCAAGCAUUUUCAUACUUUUUGAUAUAAUGUUCAUUUUUUUUAAUUUUAGAAAAGUAGAAUGGCACUUUACACAGAUUUUGCAAACAUAUGUAUCAAUGCAUUAUGUAUAAUAUUAAGUGUUACUAAAAUUGGUUGUUUCUAUAAUUUAUAGAGUGAUAUAUAUUGAAUAUUUUACAUUUUAGGUGUUAUUUUUAAAAGACAUUAUUUGUUGAUGAUUUAUUUAGUCUUAACAGGGUAAAAGCUGAAUGGUUGAAGUUAUAUUCACUUACAUAAAACAAAACAAGACUGACCAUCAUCUGUCGGAAAUGAAAAAUUAUUGGAAUUUUUUUUUCAAUUUUUUUAUUAUAUGUUUUUUUUUGAAAGUUUCUGUAUUUACUCACUUAAAAGAGUGGUAAUUUAUAAGGCAGGGUCUAAAUUUUGCAUUGUGAUAUGACUUGUCUAUAAGACUAGGGGAAUUUUGUAGAUUUAUCUGAGUAUUUACAAUGAUUAGUUACUCAUGACAUCUGUGUGACAGUGAGGGAGAAAAUAUAAACAAUUUGGAAUAUAGAUUAGUUGGUUGUUUAAAAUUUGUUUAAAAAUAUGGUAUACAGAAAGCAUAAUUCAAAUCAGUAUGAUCUGAUUUAAAUGAAAUAUUAUAUAUUUAAACCCAUACAUAUGUUAUGAAGUAGAUUUAUAUGUUUAUUGUUUUGUAUGUGUAACAGCUUAAAUAAAUAUAUGUUGAACUGUUGAAAAAUAAUGUGCCAAACAUUAAUUGUUAAGAGAAAAUUUAUCUUAUUUGAUACUUCUGAGAAAAUUUAUUUUUUAUUUACAUGAAUAAUUGUUUUUUCUUAAUUAUAUAAUAUGAUAACCUUUUUGUAAAGUCAUGUGACUUCUUGACUAGAUAUCUCAAUUCAUGUUUGCAAUGGUUAAUGUAAUUUGAGAUUGAAUUACAUUUUGUAAGACUCUAGUAUCUGUAGAAGUUGUUAGAUUUAUUUAGAUAUAUAAUACUUGAUGUGAAUGUAUAUAUCAUAGAAGGUUUAAGGUGUAAUAUAUAAAUUUUUUAUAUAUAUGUUUUACAGGAAUAGUGUCUUACAAAGUCAUGCUGCAUGCAUGAGCUGUCUCAAUUCUUUGAGCACAUUAUGUGCACUGUUAUAAUUGUAAAGAAAAAGGUUGUACUGGAAGGACAUUUAAUAAAUUUUCAACCUUGAGGUCUUAGGUUAUAUUCUAGAUGAAACUUAUAAAGUACUCUAAAACAAUGUUUGAGGGUAUCUUGUGAGUGUUAGGCCGGAGUGAAUAUGCUUCAAAGUCUUGCAAGCUGACUGCAGAUUUGGCAAAAAAGAAUUUUCACUUUUUGAAGAUAAAAGUUUUUACCUGCUUGUUUUGAAGUUGGAGUACUUAUAAGUAUUGUGUGUGUAUAUAGCGCAUUUUUUUAUAGAUUAUCAUAUGGGAUUGUUAAAUACUUAUAUUGUAUAUUUGGUUUAUGUAUUAUUUAUUAUAUUAUAUUAAUUAUAUAAAGUUAUUAAUUGCUUUGUUAUAUAUAAUCUGUUACUAAUUAUUUAACAUAGUUUUAUAUUUCAAUGUUAUAUAUAAUCUGUUACUAAUUAUUUAACAUAGUUUUAUAUUUAAAUCAUGUUGAAAGAAUGUUAAACUUUAUACUUAUAUAUUUAUAUUGCCAAGAGAACAUGUCCUUUAUCAAGUCUGUGCCGCAUUGAAUGUAUAUUUUAAUUAAUAUCAGAACAAGUUCAUGAAUCAAAACCAAUAUGCUUUCAGUCAUAUUAGUAUCAUAGGUACUGUUUAAUUUAAAAUAUUUUCAUUUAAUUUAGCUUAGUUGUGAAAUAAAUUCUUGCAACCUAUACUAAUUCUUUUCAUGUCUGCUUACUGGAAAUAACCAGCACUGAUGACAUACAAGGAAGCAAUGUGUUGACUUGGUUACGGCUCCAAAUCGCAAUGCCUAGGUUGGGAGACGGACAACUUGAUAAGACAGCCACCAUUCUGCUUGUUUUUACAGGCAAAUUCAGUAACAUUUUUUUUUUCAGUGUUUACAACUUUACAAUAGUGUUGACAAACAUGCUACUACAACCUUGUUUUACAAAAGUCUACAGUACUGUUAACUGCCCAUUUUGAGUAAAUUAAUGAGCUAAAUGUAAUAUGGACUGUUCAAUUAUUCAAAGAAUCACAAAGUCCAUGACUCAAAUUCAGUCAGGUAUUGGUUACUUCUGUGAAAGUUUUAGUAAUAAUCAGAAAUAGAACUAGUUCUUCUAUUCACUUUUUAAUUGAAUAAGACCAGGUAUGGUUGAGUGUGUUGAUAUUAGUUUGGAAUAAAUUUCAAAAUCAUUACUUGAACUGAUUGUAUCUUUCUUUCCUGUAUUAUCUUCUUUAUACUUUUUUUCUUGUUGUUGUUUUCUUUUAUUUUCUUUUGUUCAACCUGUUAAUACUCUGAUGAGAUUGGACAAAAAUUCUCAUUAUUGAAAAUAUGUGAUAGUGUGAUAGUGUACAGAAAACAUCAAAUAUUUUUGUUGACUCUAGUUAUUAUAUUUAAAUGUUAAAUAAUAUUUGUCAAAACUUUGCCAUGAUACAAAAGAGAUUGUUUUGUUUUUAGAAAAAAAGGAAAUAUACAUACAGUAUCUUUAUUUACUGCAAAUUUUAUUUUUGUUUUCAUAUUUGUUAUUGGGGAAGAAAUUGUAAUAGAUACUAAAAGAACUUGCCCCAGUUCAGCCUGUUUUAUUGUUAACUUUAUAAAAAAAAACGGAAUAAAUGUAAAUAUUUUUAGUAUUUUAGCAGUAACAAUUAUUUAUCUAUGAUUUAUAUAUGCCAUGUUGUUACAGUCUAACCAAGCUUUCAUAUAAUUGCUGGUUAACUCAGGCAUUUCAUUGGGCAUUUCAGUGUCAAAAUAAUUUAUACUCACAAGAAAAUUUACAUUGAUAAUGGAAGAUUCCAAACUCAAAGUAGUAUCUGACUAUUACAUAUAUUAGCCUUUAUCACACUAUAUACUCAAAUGGACUUGCCCAUCUUUUUAUCUGGACCAUUACUCAUCUUUGAAACUAUUAUUUGCAGUACGUAACUUAUUAACUUUGGUAAAUCGGCAAACUGUGAAUAAGUCUAGUAAAUUGACUGUUUUUAGAAAUAAUUUAAAACACUAAGCUGGCUAAAAUUUAUUAGUACAUAAUCACAAAAUUAAAUUGAUUGCCUGGCUGCGCCCUACCUGACCAAUUUAAUUUUGUGAAUACGUACUAAUAAACUUAAACCUAUACUAAAAACAUGGUAAGUAUGAAUUAUCUACAGUAUUAUCAAAAUUAUGCAGUUAUGAAAUAGUAAUAUCUGUACUUUAAACCAUGACAUCAAAUACAAUAAGCUCAAUACUGCACUUAGACUGAUAAAUAUUAAAACAAGGCUUGUUUAAGAGAUAUAUAUGAGUUAUAGUCUUCAAGGACAUGCAUUUAUUAUCGUAAAUUGCAAAACUGAGUGCUACAAUGUAUGUGUUAGUGUAGUAAAGAUACAUGUUGAUUAGAUUUUAAGCUGUAUUAGCCUGUAGAUUGGUAAGGGUUAAUACUUUAUUUAGAUUAUAGCAUAUUGUCAAAAAUAAGAACAUUGAUAUGUAUACAUUUGUAUGUAAUUUUGUAUGUAAGCUUCUGUUAUGCAAAUGUACUAAAGCUAUAGUUAAUGAAUGAUUACUGCUUUGUAUAUGCUACACUUGCAUAUUACAUUGUAAUUUCAUUAUGAGCAACAACAGUUGUCAUAGUGAUAUAGGUCAUGUGUAAUAUGUGACCCUAUACUUGAUAUCUCAGUUUUGUGAUAUUUUUUAGGACCGUUCAAGAUUAUUUUUUUCAAUACUUUUAUUAUUGGAAGUUCAAAAUAUUGCUUAAGCUGGUGCUAGUGUACAUGAAAGUUGCUGGAUUCUUCUCUGAUGAACAUAAUCAAACUGCAUUUGCAAUUCUCACUAAACGCUUUUGUGUAAUUUUGAUACCAACGCACUCCCUUUUUUUCAGAAUCUUCAGUAUGAUAAAUGUGUUCAAUCAAUGACAAUAUCUUAAAUCAGACAACCUUUAACAGACUUUGUGAUUAAGAUACUAUAUAAUAAGUGUAU